CCAGCCCAAGCUGGCUGCUCUGGCCACAGCCUGCCUACUGUCACACUCGCUCCCGCGCGCAGACACACGCGCCUGCCUCGGGGCUGCACAAAGACAGUGCGGCCGGCGACGCGGGACAGCGCACGUGGGAACCGCUGCUGUCGCCAGGUACCGCUCUGGGAUCCUGUGUGCGCUGGUCCUAGGUCUUUCCCACAAACCAGGGACAGGAAAACAUCUUUCAAGAAAACUGAGGGUGACAGGCUUGGAUGCAACUUUGCCUCUAAUUUCCAAAUUCGUAUGAGAGUAAGAGACUAGAGCCCUAGAAAGACCUUGCCAUACCUACCCCCCACCAUGGGAACCAUGACUCAGCUCUUGCUGGGACUCUUCCUAGCUUUGCUUACACUCCCUUCAGAAGGCGGGGUCCUCAAGAAGGUCAUCAGGCACAAGCGACAGAGUGGGGUGAACGGCACCUUUCCAGAAGAGAACCAACCAGUGGUGUUUAACCACAUCUACAACAUCAAGCUGCCUAUAGGAUCUCAGUGCUCUGUGGAUCUGGAAUCACCCAGUGGAGAGAAAGAUCUGGCCCCUCCGUUGGAGCCCAGCGAAAGCAUCCAGGAACACACAGUGGAUGGGGAAAACCAGAUUGUCUUCACGCACCGCAUCAAUAUCCCUCGCCGGGCCUGCGGCUGUGCUGCUGCUCCAGAUGUCAAAGAGCUCCUGAGCAGGCUGGAAGAGCUGGAGCUCAUGGUGUCCUCCCUGCGGGAGCAGUGCAGCAUGGGAACAGGCUGCUGUCUCCAACCUGCCGAAGGCCGCCUGGACACCAGGCCCUUCUGCAGUGGCCGAGGUAACUUCAGCACGGAGGGAUGUGGCUGCGUUUGUGAGCCUGGCUGGAAAGGGCCCAACUGCUCCGAGCCCGAAUGUCCGAGCAGCUGUAACCUGCACGGCCAGUGCCUCGAGGGACAGUGCAUCUGCGAUGAAGGCUUCACAGGCGAGGACUGCAGCCAGCUAGCCUGUCCCAGUGACUGCAAUGACCAGGGCAGGUGUGUGGACGGCGUCUGCGUCUGCUUUGAAGGCUACGCGGGGGCUGACUGCAGCCAGGAGGUCUGCCCAGUGCCCUGCAGCGAGGAGCAUGGCCGGUGCGUGGAUGGCCAGUGUGUGUGCCGCGAAGGCUUUGCGGGCCAUGACUGCAACGAGCCCUUGUGUCUCAAUAACUGCUACAACCGCGGGCGCUGCGUGGAGAAUGAGUGUGUGUGCGACGAGGGUUUCACAGGCGAGGACUGUAGCGAGCUUGUCUGUCCCAACGACUGCUUUGACCGGGGCCGCUGCCUCAACGGCACUUGCUACUGUGAAGAGGGUUUCACUGGUGAGGACUGUGGCACGCUCACCUGCCCUCAUGACUGCCACGGGCAGGGCCAGUGUGAAGAGGGCCAGUGUGUGUGUGACGAAGGGUUUGCUGGCGCUGACUGCAGCGAAAAGAGGUGUCCCGCCGACUGCCACAACCGCGGACACUGCAUCAAUGGGCAGUGUGAAUGCGACGAAGCAUUCACAGGAGCGGACUGCGGGGAGCUCAGUUGCCCCCGUAGUUGUAGCGGCCACGGCCACUGCGUCAAUGGCCAGUGUGUGUGCGACGAGGGCUACACAGGGGAGGACUGCGGCCAGCAGAGGUGCCCCAGUGACUGUCACAACCGGGGCCGCUGCAUAGAGGGAAAGUGUGUGUGCGAGCCAGGCUUCAAGGGCUAUGAUUGCGGCGAAAUGAGCUGCCCCAACGACUGUCACCAGCGUGGCCGCUGCGUGAACGGCAUGUGCGUCUGUGACGAUGGCUAUACCGGCGAAGACUGCAGGGACCUCCGCUGUCCCCGGGACUGCAGUAACCGGGGCCGCUGUGUGGAUGGGCAGUGCCUGUGUGAGGAUGGCUUCACAGGCCCGGACUGCGCAGAGCUGUCCUGUCCCAACGACUGCCACGGCCAGGGCCGCUGUGUGAACGGGCAGUGCGUGUGCCAGGAGGGCUUCAUGGGCCAUGACUGCAAAGAGCGAAGGUGUGCUGGCGACUGCCGUGGCCGGGGCCGCUGCGUGGAUGGCCAGUGCGUGUGCCAGGAGGGCUUCACGGGUGUGGACUGCGGGCAGCGCUCCUGUCCCAAUGACUGCAACAACUUGGGACAGUGCGUCUCGGGCCGCUGCAUCUGCAAUGAGGGCUACACCGGGGACGACUGCUCCCAGGUGUCCCCUCCCAAAGACCUCAUCGUGACAGAAGUGACAGAAGAGACUGUAAACCUGGCAUGGGACAAUGAGAUGCGAGUCACAGAGUACCUCGUAGUGUACACGCCUACCCAUGCCAAUGGCCUGGAAAUGCAGUUCCGGGUCCCUGGGGACCAGACGUCCACCGUCAUCCAGGAGCUGGAGCCUGGCGUGGAGUACUUCAUCCGUGUGUUUGCCAUCCUGGAAAACAAGAGAAGCAUCCCCGUCAGUGCCAGGGUUGCCACCUACUUGCCUGCCCCUGAAGGCUUAAAAUUUAAGUCCAUCAAGGAGACGUCUGUGGAAGUGGAGUGGGAUCCUCUAGACAUAGCUUUUGAAACAUGGGAGAUCAUCUUCCGGAACAUGAAUAAAGAAGACGAGGGAGAGAUCACCAAAAGUCUGAGGAGACCAGAGACCUCCUACCAGCAAACCGGCCUAGCCCCCGGACAAGAGUAUGAGAUAUCUCUGCACAUCGUGAAAAACAACACCCGGGGCCCUGGCCUGAAAAGGGUGACCACCACCCGCUUGGAUGCGCCCAGCCAGAUUGAGGUGAAAGAUGUCACAGACAGCACAGCUCUCGUCACCUGGUUCAAACCCCUGGCCGAGAUCGACGGCAUCGAGCUCUCCUAUGGCAUCAAAGAUGUACCAGGCGAUCGCACCACCAUCGAUCUCACGCACGACGAGAACCAGUACUCCAUUGGCAACCUGAAGCCUGACACUCAGUAUGAGGUGUCCCUCAUCUCCCGCAGAGGUGACAUGUCCAGCAACCCGGCCAAAGAGACCUUUGCAACAGGCCUGGAUGCGCCAAGGAAUCUGCGACGCAUCUCCCAGACAGAUAGCAGCAUCACCUUGGAAUGGAGGAACGUCAAGGCAGUCAUCGACAGCUACAGAAUCAAGUAUGCACCCAUCUCUGGAGGCGACCAUGCCGAGGUCGAUGUUCCAAAGAGUCAGCAGACCACUACCAAAACCACACUCACAGGUCUCAGGCCGGGAACUGAGUAUGGGAUUGGAGUCUCUGCUGUGAAGGAGGACAGGGAGAGUGAUCCAGCGACCAUUAAUGCUGCCACAGAAAUUGAUGCUCCCAAGGAUCUCCAGGCUUCUGAAACCACAGAGAACAGCCUGACCCUGCUGUGGAAGAUGCCGCUGGCCAAGUUUGACCGCUACCGCCUCAACUACAGCCUCCCCACAGGCCAAUCGGUGGAGGAGCAGCUGCCCAGAGAUACCACCUCACACGUGCUGCGAGGCCUGGAGCCCGGCCAGGAAUAUACCAUUCUGCUCACGGCGGAGAAGGGCAGGCACAAAAGCAAGCCAGCCCGCGUGAAGGCGACCACUGAACAUGUCCCUGAACUGGAGAAUCUCACCGUGACUGAGCUUGGCUGGGAUGGCCUCAAACUCAACUGGACUGCAGCUGACCAAGCAUAUGAGCACUUUGUCAUACAGGUUCAGGAGGCCAACAAGGUGGAGGCCGCUCAGAACCUCACAGUGCCUGGCAGCCUGCGGGCUGUGGACCUUCCGGGUCUCAAGGCUGGUACCCCUUACAGGGUCUCCAUCUAUGGGGUGAUCCGGGGCUCUAGAACACCGGUGCUCACUGCUGAGGCCUCCACAGGGGAGACUCCCAAUUUGGGAGAGAUCACAGUGGCCGAGGUGGGCUGGGAUGCCCUCAAACUCAACUGGACUGCUCCAGAAGGGGCCUAUGAGCACUUCCACAUUCAGGUGCAGGAAGCUGGUACAGUAACAACUGUCCAGAACCUCACAGUCCCAGGAGGACUGAGGUCCGUGGACCUGCCAGGGCUCAGAGCAGCCACUCAGUAUAGAGUCACCAUCCGCGGGGUCACUCAGGACUUCACCACUGCCCCUCACUUUGUUGAAGUCUGGACAGAGGGGCUUCCCAGUCUGGGAAACCUCACAUUGACCACAGUUAGCUGGGACACCCUCACAUUGGACUGGACCACACCAGAUGACACCUAUGACCAGUUUGUCAUUGAGGUCCAAGAGGCUGACCGGGUGGAAGGGGCUCACAACCUCACCGUUCCUGGCAGCCGGCGCUCUGUGCAGAUCGCAAACCUCACGGCUGGCGCUGCUUAUAGGAUCACCCUGCGCGGCGAGGUCAGAGGCCGCCACACUCGACCCCUUGCUGCAGAGUUCUUCACAGAGGAACUCCCCCAGCUGGGAGACUUAGCCGUGACUGAGCUUGGCUGGGACGGCCUCAAACUCAACUGGACUGCAGCUGACCAAGCAUAUGAGCACUUUGUCAUACAGGUUCAGGAGGCCAACAAGGUGGAGGCCACUCAGAACCUCACAGUGCCUGGCAGCCUGCGGGCUGUGGACCUUCCAGGUCUCAAGGCUGGUACCCCUUACAGGGUCUCCAUCUAUGGGGUGAUCCGGGGCUAUAGAACACCGGUGCUCUCUGCUGAGGCCUCCACAGCCAAAGAACCUGAAAUUGGAGACUUAAAUAUUUCUGACAUAACUCCCGAGAGCUUCAAUCUCUCUUGGACAGCUACGGAUGGGAUCUUCGAGACCUUUACCAUUGAAAUUAUUGAUUCCAAUAGGUUGCUGCAGAUGGUGGAAUAUAAUAUAUCCGGUGCUGAACGAACUGCCCACAUCUCAGGGCUCCCCCCUAGUACUGACUUCAUUAUCUACCUCUCUGGACUUGCUCCUAGCCUCCGCACCAAAACCGUCAGUGCCACAGCCACCACAGAAUCAGAGCCAGAGCUGGGCCCGCUAAUCAUUAGCAAUGUUACUCCUGACAGCUUCACCUUGUCGUGGACCCCUGGAGCUGGGCUCUAUGAAAACAUUGUUAUCAAUGUGAGCGACACUCGCUCGCUGCUGCGGGAAUCCCAGCGGCUCUCAGUCCCAGGAGACGCACAGCAAGCUCACAUCACAGGCCUGCUGGACAACACUGGCUACGACGUCAGUGUGGCAGGGACCACCUGGGCCGGGGAGCCCAGAAGGCCCCUCACUGCCUUUGUCACUACAGAGGCCUUGCCCCUUCUGGAAAACCUAACCAUUUCCGACAUUAAUCCCUACGGGUUCACAGUUUCCUGGAUGGCAUCGGAGAAUGCCUUUGACAGCUUUCUAGUAGCAGUGGUGGAUUCUGGGAAGCUGUUGGAUCCCCAGGCAUUCACACUUUCAGGAACCCAGAGGAAGCUGGAACUUAGAGGGCUCAUAACCGGCAUCGGCUAUGAGGUUAUGGUCUCUGGCCUCACCCAGGGGCGCCAAAGCAGGCCCUUGAGGGCUGAGGUCAUCACAGAAGCUGAACCGGAAGUUGACAACCUUCUGGUUUCAGACGCUACCCCAGACAGUUUCCGUCUGUCCUGGACAGCUGAUGAAGGAAUGUUCGACAAUUUUGUCCUCAAAAUCAGAGAUACCAAAAAGCAGUUUGAACCGCAAGAAAUAAUCCUCCCUUCCCCUGAGCGUACCAGGGACAUAACAAAUCUCAGAGAGGCCACGGAAUACGAAAUCGAACUCUAUGGAAUACGCAAUGGAAGGCGCUCCCAGCCAGUCAGUACCGUAGCAACAACAGCCAUGGGAUCUCCAAAGGAACUUAUCUUCUCAGACAUCACUGAGAACACAGCCACCGUCAGCUGGAAGGCACCCUCUGCCCAGGUGGAGAGCUUCCGGGUCACUUAUGUACCUAUCAGCGGAGGGAUGCCCUCCAUGGUGACAGUUGAUGGGGCCACCACGGAGGCCAGGCUGGUGCAGCUCAUCCCGGGGGUGGACUACCUCGUCAGCGUCAUGGCCAUGAAGGGCUUCGAGGAAAGCGAGCCAGUGUCAGGCUCGUUCACCACAGCCCUGGACGGCCCAUCCAGCCUGGUGACAGCCAACAUCACAGACUCUGAAGCCUUGGCCAUGUGGCAGCCAGCCAUAGCCCCUGUGGACAGCUACAUCAUCUCCUACACAGGGGAGAGAGUGCCAGAAAUUACACGCACAGUGUCCGGGAACACAGUGGAGUAUGCUCUUACUGACCUCGAGCCUGCCACAGAAUACACACUGAGAAUCUUCGCAGAGAAAGGACCCCAGAAGAGCUCCAGCAUCACUACCAGGUUCACAACAGACCUGGAUGCUCCAAGAGAUUUGACUGCUACCGAGGUUCAAUCUGAAACUGCCCUCCUCACCUGGCACCCUCCACGGGCAUCAGUCACUGGCUACCUUCUGGUUUACGAAUCUCUAGACGGUACACUCAAGGAAGUCAUCAUGGGUCCCGACACCACCUCCUACAGCCUGGCAGACCUGAGCCCAUCCACCCACUACACAGCCAGAAUCCAGGCACUGAGGGGGCCCCUGAGGAGCAAGCUGAUCCAGACUGUCUUCACCACGAUUGGGCUCCUGUACCCAUUCCCCAGGGAUUGCUCCCAAGCAAUGCUGAAUGGAGACACGACCUCUGGCCUCUACACCAUUUAUCUGAACAAUGACAAGGCCCAGGCUCUGGAAGUCUUCUGUGACAUGACCUCUGAUGGGGGCGGCUGGAUCGUGUUCCUGAGACGCAAAAACGGGCACGAGGACUUCUAUCGAAACUGGAAGGCCUAUGCUGCUGGAUUUGGGGACCGCAGAGAAGAAUUCUGGCUUGGGCUGGACAACCUAAGCAAAAUCACAGCCCAAGGACAGUACGAGCUCCGUGUGGACCUGCAAGACCAUGGAGAGACAGCCUACGCUGUUUAUGACAAGUUCCAUGUGGGAGAUGCCAAGACUCGAUACAGGCUGAAGGUGGAAGGGUACAGUGGGACAGCAGGUGACUCCAUGGCCUACCACAAUGGCCGAUCCUUCUCCACCUACGACAAGGACACAGACUCAGCCAUCACCAACUGUGCCCUGUCCUACAAAGGUGCUUUCUGGUACAAGAACUGUCACCGUGUCAACCUGAUGGGGAGAUAUGGGGACAACAACCACAGUCAGGGAGUUAACUGGUUCCACUGGAAGGGCCAUGAAUAUUCGAUCCAGUUCGCCGAGAUGAAGCUAAGACCCAGCAACUUCAGAAAUCUAGAAAGCAGACGCAAACGGGCAUAAACUCCAGGGACACCCGGGUGAGAGAACGAGAGGGCCCAGAGAAAGGAAAGGAUUUUACCAAAGUAUCAGUACACCCAGCCCACCAUCCGGCCACACCUGGGCACUGGGCGAGCGUCAAGGCCCGCCCCUGCCGAGAGGCCCCGGCAGCACCCACUCUGCGCCACUUCAUGCCCACCGAAGACCGCACGCUGCAGCAGGCUUCUGCUUUGUCCUUUGACUCAGCAAAGUCCUUCCAGUGACUACAGCACAAUCGAUUUUACUUCUCUUGGGUGGCUCUGGGAAGGGGAGAGGGGAAGACAGUGGUAGUUUGUUCUAGAACCAGCUGUAUUUUAAACAAAGCUAUAUAAUUAAUUGUCAUUAUUUUUGUUAGUAAAGAUAAAAUGUGUGUUGUUGGAAUUUGACCCCCGUUUUUUACAUUUCGUACAACUGAAGACAGAAAAGCAAUACUGUUUCCCUUCCAAGGAGAUGAUUAAUAUUAUUAAUAUAAUAAUGAGGAAGAGGAUGAAAACUAAGGAUUUUUAAAGAGUUGUUCUUUUCCCAAACACAUCUGGACUGUACCUGACUGUAUUUUUUUUAAUAAAACCACAAGU